GGGUCAUGGCGGACCUCACGGUAUGCGCGUUCCUCACCAAGGUGCUGUGCGCUCACGGUGGCCGCAUGUUCCUGCAGGACCUGCGCGGCCACGUGGAGCUGUCGGAGGCGAAGCUGCGGGCCGUGCUGCGGCGCGCGGGCCCCGAGCGCUUCCUGCUGCAGGAGGUGGAGCUGCGCGACGGCCCGUGGGACGCGGAGGCUGAGGUGGCGGUGGGCGCGGGCUCGGGCUCGGGCGGCGGCGCCACGGCCUGCAGGGUGGUGGCCGUGUCCUCCGCGCGCCUCUGCGCCCGCUACCAGCGCGGGGAGUGCCAGGCCUGCGACCAGCUGCACUUGUGUCGCCGCCACAUGCUGGGCAAGUGCCCCCACCGCGACUGCUGGUCUACCUGUGCUCUGUCCCAUGAUAUCCACACACCUUUCAACGUCCAAGUCCUGAAAAACCACGGGCUUUUUGGGCUCAACGAAGCACAGCUUCGAACCCUGCUUUUGCAGAAUGACCCUUGCCUUUUCCCAGAGGUCUGUUUACUGUACAACAAAGGUGGUGAUGUCUUGUAUGGUUAUUGCAACCUAAAGGAUAAGUGCAACAAGUUUCAUGUGUGCAAAUCCUAUGUCCGGGGUGAAUGCACACUUCAGACCUGCAAGCGGUCCCACCAGCUCAUUCAAGAUGCUACUCUGAAGUUGCUAGAGGACCAAGAGCUGAGUGUUUCAAGUGUCGUGAAUUUCCAGAUAAUCUCUGUCUACAAACAUAUGAAGCUGCACAAGAUGCUUGAAGACAAAGACAACUCGGCUUCUGCUGAGAACCCACAAGGCCUUGGGAAGCAAGGAGCCUCCAGGGCCGGGGCUGCAGAAGCCAAGCCUCGGGUCCCUGCACCUACUGAAUCGCCCAGGAAGCCCCAGUAAACCUUAAAGAGCAUGGAGGAAGUGAGAAGCAGCUUGUCCGUCUUGGAGGAUCAAGCAAGACUUCUCCUGAGCUGGAGUUUGUAGCUGUUCUCUCUUUCCCUCACUUCAUAGUGUUGACAACUCACAUACCUACCUCACAGUGUGAGAACCCAGGCUAGAAACAAAAAUACCCUUGUGGGUGAGAUCGGACCUGGAGCGGGCAAAGAGAGGGUAAAAUUCUGAGCACAUGGAGUCAAUUCAGGGCAAGUCCUGAAGCUGUAGCUCCUGUCUCAAUUCCUGAGAGCCUUCCCAAGCUCGGGAUGGAGGGCAGGUUUCUGCUGUCCUUCUGGGUCCAGCUGGUCUUUUCCAGACUCCAUUUACACAGCUUACGUUGUAGACAUCACAGACUUUGUGCACUCUGCAUUAUUUCUUACCUGGGUUUAUACAUAAUCCCUUUUUGCACAGAACUGUAAAUAUAAUUUAAUUGACUCCCUUAUUCUGAAAUAUCUCAAUACUCCUAACAAUGUUUGAAUAUCUCAUUUUGUAUCUGUGCAGUAUUGGGUUUAAAAGCCAUUUCGUACCUUUGCUUGACUUCUUGGUGCUAAACAAUACUUCUUUUAUGCUUCUUUAAUCAUCUGUUCAGGUGAGUGGUCUUCUCUGUCCCUGCUUUCUGUGUGUCUUUCUUGAUUCUGUGAAUUUUCUAUGAUGCAUUUUGUUGCUGGGGCCUCUGUGCUGUCAUCAGUACUGUGUCCAGGACAUUCAAGUUUAUGGUGCAUCCUCAGCCAGCCUCACAGUUAAUAAUCUUCAGGCUCUCACCAGAGAGUUCUACCUCAGUCCAUCCACUUCUCCUCUUUCUGUAAGCCUACCAAGCUCAGCUGCUGUAUCUUGAAGGAUGUGCAGCUCACGCCUUCCCCAGUUGUAUCUCUCCCUUGUGUGGAUGGGGACAGGCCGUCAGGAACCUAUAUGCACCUUGCUCAUUUCAUGGUCACUCCCUUCCUCCUGCCCUCCUCCAGCCUCUCUGCUGUCUUCUGCUGUUUUCAUCCUGUGAUUUGCAGAUAUUUGUUGUGCUCAUGUUCCCCAAUGUCUCUAGGUAAAGAGAAGGGUUUGCAUUUCUUUCCAUAACACGGCAUUUGAGAAAUAGGAGCAACUUAUUUUUAUCAUGAUGCCAAUGAGAAGAGCAAUGUAAAAAUGUCCUUUCCAAAUGAAAAAUCUUUUAAUGGACAGUAAACUUACCAACUUUGGUCUUUGCACUUUGAUUGUCAAUGAGAGUAUUUCUGAAAUUGUGUUUUAUAGUCUUUCUUUUUAAACUUGUGUCUUUUUUCCUAGUGGUAUUGUGUGUGUGUGCUGGGAUCACAUCCUGGGACUUGUCCAUGUGAGGCAAAGUCCUCCACCAGCAAGCUACAUCUAAGUCCUGGGGCUAAACUUAAAAAAAAAAAAAAUAGGGCAGUCACAGUGGCUCAUGCCUUUAAUCCCAGCACUACAAAAGCAGAGGCAGGCAAGGCCACCUGAUCUACACAGUAAAUUCUAGGCUAGCCAGAGCUACAUAGUGAGACCAUGCCUCAAAAAGAAAUUCCACUUAAUUACUGUUUUUACUCUGUCAUUCUCCUGAAUAUAUUUUGUUGUUAGACAUGUUAAGUCUUUAGUGGGAUAGUAUAGCUCAAUGAAUAUCCCUUACAUCAAUAGAAUGGGUAGACUUUUACAUUAUUGUUUUCUCAUAUAUUAUCACCAUUGUGCUCUUAUAUUCGAUGUUGGUCUAUAAUCAUUGUUGUAACAUUUUAGUCAGGUCUGUAAUAAUCCAUUUUAGUUUUAGUUAUCUUGGAAUUUAGUCUAAAAUUAUCUUUUGUAUGUAUGUGUGAUACUGGGAAUGGGCUUAGGGCUCAUGUGUGCUAGACAAGUGCUCUACCAUUGAGCUGUAUUCUCUGCACUAAAGUUAUCUUCUGCAGUUGUUCCUAGACCAAGUCUGGCUGCUCACCCCCAUGACAGGCACUGAGAUAAGAAGGUGACUUUAUCCACAAAGCUUCGAAGGAAGGAAGGAAGGAAGGAAGGAAGGA